AUGGUGGAGAAACUUGGUCUGAAGGUCAUAAAAACACCAACAACUUACAAGUUACAAUGGCUUAAUGACGAAGGAGAGCUAGAGGUAAAGCAUCAAGUUAAGGUACCAUUGUCUAUUGGGAAGUAUGAGGAAGAGAUACUGUGUGAUGUCUUACCAAUGGAUGCUGGACACAUAUUGCUUGGUAGACCUUGGCAAUCCGACAGAAGAACACUUCAUGAUGGGUUCACAAACAGAUACUCGUUUGAGUACAAAGGAAAGAAGACUGUUUUGGUUCCUUUGACACCGCAAGAAGUUCAUCUAGAUCAGAUAGCCUUGAAGAAGAACAAAGCGACCUCAGAAUCUAAGAAAAAGCAGCAGGCUAAUAUAUUGCUUCAACCAAAGGGAAGUUCUUUACCUCACUUGCUGAUUGUUUUUAAAGAAUGUUUAAACAUAACAAAGCCAGCGCAGGAUCUUCCUAGCAAGAUACAAUUUCUUUUGCAGGAAUUCAAAGAUGUUUUUCCAGAAGAAGCUCCACAAGGACUGCCACCUAUCAGAGGAAUAGAGCAUCAAAUCAAUUUUAUUCCAGGGGCUUCUCUACCGAACAAGCCAGCCUAUAGAACCAAUCCUCUGGAGACCAAAGAGCUACAGCAACAAGUCACUGAGCUUAUGAAGAAAGGUCAUAUUCGUGAGAGCAUGAGCCCAUGUGCAGUUCCAGUCUUACUUGUUGAUUUGAAAAGUGGGUAUCACCAAAUUAGAAUGAAAGAGGGUGAUGAGUGGAAAACUGCUUUUAAAACGAAGCAGGGGCUAUAUGAAUGCAAGAACUUGGAUGAGCAUGUUGAGCAUCUUAGAAAGGUUGAUGAAGAAAAGAUCAAAGCUAUCAAGGAAUGGCCAAGCCCAAAGACAGUUGGUGAAGUGAGAAGCUUCCAUGGUCUAGCCGGAUUCUACAGAAAAUUUGUCAAGGAUUUUAGUACUGUGGCUGCACCACUGACUGAAGUAAUCAAGAAAAACGUUGGGUUCAAGUGGGAACAAUUCCAAGAAGAAGCAUUCCAAGCCUUGAAAGAGAAACUCACCAAUUCACCAGUUCUUUCUCUCCCUGACUUUUCUAAAACAUUUGAAAUAGAAUGUGAUGCUUCUGGUAUUGGUGUAGGUGCUGUGCUUAUGCAGGAAAAGAAACCUAUAGCUUUCUUUAGUGAAAAGCUUGGAGGGGCUACUCUGAACUAUCCAACGUAUGACAAAGAGCUCUAUGCGCUUGUGAGGGCUUUGCAAACAUGGCAACACUAUCUCUGGCCUAAGGAGUUCGUCAUCCACACUGAUCAUGAACUAUGUGUGCCUAACUCUUCUUUGAGAGAUUUGUUUGUCAAGGAAGCUCACGCAGGUGGACUUGGAGGACAUUUUGGCGUGGCUAAGACACUGAACGCUAAGUCCAAAGUCCAAAACCACGUUAGCUUGGAUGGACAAAAGAAAGCUGAACUUGUUAAGCAGAUACAUGAGAAGGCCCGGAUCAAUAUAGAAAACAAGACCAAGCUGUACGCUAAGCAAGCUAACAAAGGAAGAAAAGAGAUGAUCUUUGAAGAAGGAGACUUAGUUUGGAUACAUCUGAGGAAGGACAGAUUUCCUAACGAAAGAAAAUCCAAACUCAUGCCUAGACUAGAUGGUCCUUUCAAAGUCAUCAGGAAGAUCAACAACAAUACCUAUCAACUCGAUCUCCAAG